CCCUCUGAGGCUGUCGCUGCUAAUCCUCAGAAGCUUACUCAAUUCCCAUAAGAAGGUUUAACAAACAACACCAAUACCCAAGAAUUCUGCCCAAUACAACUAUCGGAUCUUCUGUGUGUCCUGCCAGAGGAGGAAAAACAAACCCUUUGGUACAGCAGCUGAGCUUUGAACUCAUCUCUUUUCGAGCCUUAAACCAGUUGUCAGAGCAUCUGGGAGCUGGUGUUAACAUGCACUUCAGGAGCAGUUCUCCCCUGUUGCUGCUGGUGCUGCUGAUUUGUCUACUGGGGAGGGUCCGGGGGAUCACAGGACAGGAGCAAGGGUACCUGCGGGAGGCUCUCAGGGCCUUAAACCUGCCCCUGGAAACAGGAGAUGAGCCUCAGCUCCAGAGGAACCACACGGGUGUCCUGAUCACCAAGCUUCUUCAGGCAGUUCACUGUUCAGAGCAGUUUGGCACAGAUGUCUGUGACAAGUGCCUGACACCAGACAUAGCGCUCUCUGUGCUGGACAACAGGAGGGCUUAUCUUACUGAGGAGGACUACCAAAAGAUCUCAACUGUGCUGCUCUACUACAUAAUUAACUUCGAAGAUCUGUGUGUUAUAAAUUCUGCCUCCAUUUCCUCAUCUUCUCCAUCUUCCUCCUUUGGGAACUAUGAGUUUUACCUUUUAGCCCUCACCAGUUUGCACCCAGCUGAGGACAGCGAAAUCCUAUCAUCCAACGAAACAGAGAGCAUUCUGCAGCUCAUUAAUCAGCACUACAUCCCCUCCCACAGAGACACCUCUACCUCAUCUGAUAUGAAAUGUAUCGAUGCAGCUCACCUCCUCGAAGAUGUUGAUGUACAAGAAAGCUCAGGUGCUGAUGCUUCGUCAGCGCCGUAUGUGGCCGGCGCCAUCAUCAGCCACAUCCUGCAGGGUCACUGUUUCAGACGGAGGAACCUGCCUUCCCCGGCCUUUUUUACCGACUAUAUCUUUCAGUCUCUAAACUGCACAAGUGAUCUGCAGAUUAUCGAUUUAGAAGAGUUGCUUCAUCAGCUGGGAGUAGGAGGGGAAGGAAGUGCACACUCUCACCAGAGGAAGAGGAGGAGCAUCACUGGAAGUUCACAUAAAACAGCAGGGCAUCAGUUGGAGGAUUGUAACCAUGGGGCUGGGGGGCAGAGCAUGGACUGGGCACAGGUGUGCUUCUCAGCCAAUCAGCUGGUGGAUAUUUUUGCUCUGGAUCCUCAUUUGCCAAUUUCUAAGGAGCACUUCAGACAAAUUUGUCCUGCCAUCAUUCAGCAGUUGCUAGGCAAUGCCUGUGAGUCCAUACAGCAAAAAACCAGAGGAUCUCUGCCCACGGCUCUCGAGAAGUACGGCUACAGCACUGCGGCCGUCCUACUCAUCACUCUGGGCUCCAUGCUGGGCCUCUGCCUCAUCUUCUUCAACUCCUGCCAGGAAACCUACUCACUCAUCCUGCAGCUGUUUGUAGGUCUGGCAGUGGGGACCCUCUCCGGAGAUGCGCUCCUGCACCUCAUCCCACAGAUUCUUGGGCUCCAUGACGAUGAUUCUCACAGUCACCAUGACAAGGACAUCACAGAAGGGAAGGAGUAUCUGUGGAAGAUUCUAGGCAUGAUAGCUGGGAUCUAUGGCUUCUUCCUAAUAGAAAAAAUAUUCUCUUUCGUGGUUCCAUCUCAUGGUCAUGGUCAUUCCAGUGGCCUUCCACUGGAGCUCAGCUGUAACGGCCAAUCACAGAGGGGCAAGUCCAUCUCCACCAUACAGCUGGGGCCGGUGGAUGACUUGGAGUGUACAGAAAUAACCCCUGAACACACCAACACAAGGAGCCAUCCUCAUCAGAGACAAGGGGUUCCUCUCCUGGCCGUGAUGGUAAUUGUUGGAGACAGCCUUCAUAACUUUGCAGAUGGCCUAGUUGUCGGGGCGGCCUUCUCCUCUUCAACUGAAACUGGCAUGGCGACGACCGUGGCCAUACUGUGCCAUGAGAUCCCACACGAGAUGGGGGACUUCGCUGUGUUACUGAACUCAGGACUUUCGGUGAAGACUGCUGCGCUAAUGAACUUUCUGAGCGCUCUCACCGCCUUCAUGGGCCUGUACAUCGGGCUGUUUGUUUCCGCUGAGAUAGAGGUGCAGCAGUGGAUCUUCUCUGUGACUGCAGGGAUGUUCCUCUACUUGUCACUAGUAGAAAUGCUUCCAGAGAUGAGUCGAGCGAAGACCAGCAGGCCGUGUCUUAUGUUUUUCCUCCAGAACGUCGGCCUCCUGCUCGGCUGGUCCUGCCUUCUACUCCUGGCGCUCUUUGAACAUGAACUCAGAUUCUGAACACGUACAGUAUGUCCAUGUGAGAUACUCAUCCACACGGGGUCCAGCAGAACACACAUGUUGUUUCGUGGCGUUUCCGUUGACUUGUUGAUUGUAGCUUCCUGCUGUCGACUCCAGUGUUAGUGUCUGUGAUCAGGAAGUGUGAUGCGGUCAAAGGCUGAGUGAUUCAUUUUGUUUUAUUCUCAGCCGUGGAUCACCAGUACGUCACCUCUGUGGAUCCUCUCUUAUUUUUAUACAUGAUUUAUUUUUGUAUGUAAGGUACGAAGGGUAUCAUCACACUGAAUAUCAAGUUAAAACUGUGAUAAUGCAAAUGUGGAAAUGUCUUGUUCAGUGGAAUGUACACGGUUAUAGACAAUCAUUUGAUCAUUUGAUUUGGUCCAUUCUGACCAACAAAAUAUAAAGUGUUAUAAAUCUAAACCUAAAUGUGUGUGCAGUUUAUGCUGAUGUCACUUUAGUAAUGGGGUGAAUGAGAUAUUUAUGAAGAUAAUUGGUGUUUUUAUUAAGUUUGUACUUGUUGUAUUCGGUGGAAUGAUUCAGGUGACUCUUUCACAAAUCGCUAUUUUUCAUUUCUUGCAUUUUCAGCAAAUAUUUUUUACUUUAUAUGCUGUAUAG